CACAUCGUCACCUCACAGCACACGCCAGCGCCAACAAGCACCCUACAACGCCAUCACGCCGCCUACGAUCGCCCUAGACGUCUAUACAGCGCCCGAAUACAUGCCGACAACCCCAGACCUCCCGCGCGCAUUCAAAACCCCACGGGCGCCCCGCCCUAAUCUCCCAUGACGCCGCCGCAAGAUGCCACGCCCAAGCCCCCGAAUUUCCCGCAGAAUGUAGAAGCCUCCGCCAUACUCCCCAAGCACCGCGCGUCGCCUGCGUCUUCGCUGUCGGAGCUGCCCUAUCGCCGGUCGAAUCCGAGCCUCUCCAAACUGUUCGAAUCGACUACCAGCAUCUCGACCUCGCGCCCCAGCUCGGGCACAGCGACGCCGACUACCUCCACUGUUCCUGGCUCAGUCUUCUCGCCCGGGUCGCGGUCCAGUGGCUCGAGAACACCUACCGGUCUACCGCCAGGCGUGUCCGACGAGUACCGGACCCUUAUACAGCGCGCAUUUGUGCCACAUAUUGCCGUGUUGGCAGAUGCAGAGACUGAGGCGCUGGUCAGGGGCAAGGGGAUAGACGGAGGUUUCUUGGAGUUGCUGAGGCCCUUUGGCGAGCAGGUGCCUGGCAAGGUCACCAUAAGAGAUGGCAUUGGCGUAAGCAAGAGCCAUGAAGACUUUGGCGUGCGCUUCGUCGGUGUAGAGGAUGCGUAUCCAGACCUACGGGGCGGCCAGAGAUCAUCCACCGAGUCCACACGGCGGCCACGGCGGACAGGCGGAGACGUGCUGCAGAUAGAGGAAGUGGUCGACCGACACCUGCAGUACUCUGAGUUCAACCACCAGGAUCCGAAUGCAGACUACAUGAACAAGGGACAGCCAGCAGCGCUUGUUGAGGGUGCUGGGUCGCCCUUCUACACCCUAUACCUACGGCGACUGCUAUCAGGACUGCCAAUCGUACCUCACGAAACAUUUGCGCAUCCCGUGGCUGGCAUAAUAGCCAUCAGCUCGUCCAAUCCACACCCGAUUGAAGAGCUUCGGAGACUGUACAACAGGCAGCAUGAUGGAGACCUGCGCUUUCCACAAUGGGUGGAGAAUGAUUUCCUGAGGUACUACGUCUUGGUGCAUGAUGAAGAGAACGGGGACAUCGCCAAGUCGAAUCAGACGUUCGACUCGAUGAAGAGACACUUCGGUCUACAUUGCCAUCUGCUUCGCUUAAAGAGUCAAGAAUGCAUACCGUCAGACGACGACAGUGUGCGGUUGCCAACGUGCGAAUGGAUGUCUGCUGGUGAAGAGCUAGCAGAGAUCCAAAAGCGAGAGACUACAGACGACAUCACCGACCCAACACCAUACUUCCAUGACUCCGACAUUAGCAGCUUGCGGACGUUCAUGCGAGAACUCGUCACGCAGUCCAUAAUACCCAACAUGGAGCGCAGCGUCGCGACCUGGAACGAGCAGAUUCUUUCACGCCGCCGCGGUCUCUCAGGCCGCUUCAUGUCGCUCUCGAAGCGCUGGACACCCUUCGGCAGCUCCCGCAGCAGCGCCUCCGCCUUACCCUCCUCAAAUUCCAACUAUGACAGCCUGCAAGGCUUCUACCGCCCGGACGCACCCGAAGCCAUCAUGCGCCGCCUGGCAGACUACUGCUUCGUGCUGCGGGACUGGAAGCUCGCACUCUCCACCUACGACAUUCUCCGUACCGACUUCCAAAACGACAAAGCCUGGCGCCACUACGCCGGCGCAAGCGAAAUGGCCGCGCUCUCCGCACUGAUGGCGCCGACGCCGCUGAGCUCCAAAAACAGAUCCGAAAAUAUAGAUGCCUGGAUCGAAGCCGCCUCCUACUCGUACACGGACCGCCAGCGCAGCGCAGCGCCCUACUACGCCCUGCGCACCCUCGCGCUCGCGACAGAACUCCUGCGCCUCCGCGGGGCCAGCGCUGCCGACGACGCCGCACGCUGGGGGACACGGGUCCUCGAGGCCGGGCUGGUGGGCAGCGUCGGACACGCGCUAGUCACCGAGCGCGUGUCUGCUUGCUACAGCAUCCGCACCGGUAUCGGGACGUACCGGCUCGGUAACCGGCGCAGGAAAGCAGCGCUGUGGGCGGUGCUGGCGGCAGAGGCGUGGUGGCGGUUGCAGCGCAGUCAGCAGGCGGAGAAGUGUCUUGAUACUGCGCUACGGCUUUAUCAGACGCGCUCCGAGACGCGAGACGGCGGCACGGUGAAGUUGCCGUUUGAGGAGAUGCAAGGCUUUGUCGAUGAGCUGAGGCAGCAGAUUCUAGGACUGCGGCUCACUAAUCAGGGAUACGUUGAAGGGCGAGAGGGGGAUGAGGGGGAUGAGAAGGAAGCGGGUGAGGUGGAGGUGGUGGCGGAGGCGCUGGAUAAGAGUCCGAGGGCGCAUAGGAAGAGCCUGCUCAACCCUGUGCAGGGAGGUGAUGUUGGGCCAUUGAGUCCGGCGCUGGAGAGGGGCGAGAAGACUGAUCCUCUUGCUGAGGGGUUCGAGUGAUGAGCGGAUGGGGUAACGAUGUCAAGUCUUGAAUUCUACUUACGCAUGGCAUGGCGUUGUGUUAGAGCAUAGGUUACAUAAUGCAGUUGUCAUGACGCUACGCUUGAGCGGACUGGUCACGAGGGGCGAGGAUGAGCGGCAUUCGACAGAUGUACUGCAUGGUACUGAAGCAAAGGAAAUGAGGUA